AUGGAACAUGCUCAAGUAGAUGAAGUAUGUCUUGAGCAAACCCAGAAGUAUUGUGUAGAGAGACCAAUAUAUAACCAAGAGCUCUUGGAAGGACGGCUGCACAGACGAGAAAGAACACCUCGGACUUUAAGGCAGAAGAUUGCACAUUCUUGUCGUUGUUCUUCUAAGAAAGCCAAGUCUCAUCUUUACAGUUUCUUACCAAUUUUACAAUGGCUUCCCCAUUACCGAGUAAGGGAACACUUAUUAGGAGACAUUAUCUCAGGUAUAAGCACUGGGGUUAUGCAGCUUCCUCAAGGUUUAGCCUAUGCUAUGCUGGCAGCUGUUCCUCCAGUAUUUGGCCUAUAUUCUUCAUUUUAUCCUGUCUUUCUAUAUACCUUUUUUGGAACCUCCAAGCACAUAUCUAUAGGCACCUUUGCUGUGAUUAGUAUGAUGGUUGGCGGCGUUGCUGUGAGAGAAGUGCCUGAUGAAAUGGUUUCUAUAGGCUAUAAUUCUACUAAUGUUACAGAUACCCCUGAAUAUUACAAUGACAGGGACACCAAGAGAGUGCAGGUAGCUGUGACUCUCGCCUUCCUUACAGGAAUCAUCCAGUUGUAUUUAGGUCUCAUUCGAUUUGGAUUUGUAGCCAUCUAUCUAACAGAGCCUCUAGUACGAGGAUUUACUACUGCUGCUGCAGUUCAUGUCUUCACUUCCCAAUUAAAGUAUUUCUUUGGCAUUAAGACUAAACGAUACAGUGGACCCCUCUCAGUUGUCUUUAAGUGCAUAGCAAUAUAUGAGCAUCUUAAAGUGCUGCUUGGGUGCAACUUGAUAGAUCAGCAUGGUCUAAGAUGA